AUUUAUAUAAGAGUCAUGACGAGGUGAGAAAAGUAGACUGUGUGAACAUGUGAGAACUGAAUUCCCAAUCAAAUUCUCCGGCGAAUACGAAUAUGGCCGGUAAACCGAGUCCAAGAACCAGGUCCAGGUCCUCCUCCCCAAUCCUCCUUGUUACUCUCUCUCUCCUUGCUCUCUCCAUUCUCUUCUUCCUCUUCUCCCUAUCCCCGAGAACCCUCCCCUCCGACACUUUCCCGACCCGGAAACCCGAGACCUCCUUCGUCGCUUCGCUGGAGCACUUCCUAGUCCACCGGGCCCCCAAAUCCCCUCCAGCAGCCCUCUUAGUCCGUGGUACAGACGACGUCGUUAGAGAUCUCGACGACUCCAUGUCUAGGAUAGAGAGCGAGAGGGUGCUCGGAGACCCUUACUUCCCCGUUGGAAUGCCUAUUAGGGUUUAUGUGUACGAGAUGCCAAGCAAGUUCACCUACGAUCUGCUUUGGCUGUUUCGGAACACUUAUAGAGACACCUCCAAUCUCACCUCCAAUGGCAGCCCCGUCCACCGUUUAAUCGAACAGCAUUCAAUUGAUUUCUGGCUGUGGGCCGAUUUGAUUGCUCCGGAAUCGGAGAGGCUGUUGAAGAGUGUGGUGAGAGUUGAUAGGCAGGAGGAGGCAGACCUCUUCUACAUACCAUUCUUCACCACCAUAAGCUUCUUCUUACUGGAGAAACAACAGUGCAAAGCGCUUUACAGGGACGCUCUUAAUUGGGUGACAGAUCAGCCUGCGUGGAAGCGAUCUGGAGGAAGAGAUCACAUACUUCCAGUUCAUCAUCCCUGGUCUUUUAAAUCUGUUCGCAAAUUCAUGAAGAAUGCAAUUUGGCUGCUACCAGAUAUGGACUCCACAGGGAACUGGUACAAGCCGGGACAGGUUUUUCUGGAGAAAGACCUAAUUCUUCCUUAUGUUCCCAAUCUUGAUUUAUGUGAUGCCAAAUGCUUAGAGGAAAGUUAUUCAAAGAGAACCACACUACUCUUUUUCCGGGGGCGUCUUAAAAGAAAUGCUGGAGGAAAAAUACGUGCUAAACUUGUAGCUGAAUUAAGUGGUGCCAGGGAUGUAAUUAUAGAGGAGGGAACAGCUGGAGAGGGAGGCAAAGAAGCAGCCCAGAAUGGCAUGCGCAGGUCCAUCUUUUGCUUAAACCCAGCUGGUGACACUCCAUCAUCUGCUAGAUUGUUUGACGCUAUUGUUAGUGGAUGUAUUCCUGUUAUAGUUAGUGAUGAAUUGGAGCUUCCGUUUGAAGGAAUACUUGAUUACAGAAAGAUAGCUUUAUUUGUUUCAUCCAGUGAUGCUGUACAACCAGGAUGGCUUUUAACAUUUCUAAAAACUGUUAGCCCUGCUCAUAUCAGAGAAAUGCAACAAAAUGUAGUCAAGUAUGCAAGACAUUUUCUGUAUUCCAGUCCCGCUCAACCUUUGGGUGCAGAAGACUUGGUUUGGAAAAUGAUGGCUGGUAAGUUGGUAAAUAUCAAGCUCCACACCCGGAGAUCUCAGCGUGUGGUGGAACAAUCUAGAAGCCUGUGCACUUGUGAUUGUCAACGAGCAAACAUUACUAGCCCAAGUCGCUUAUUUUAAUGACUUGCCACUCUGUGAUGAAAAAUAUCCUUUCCUGCACCGGCCAUAAUGGUGGUAGGUCACAAAUAUAAUAUGCACGGUAAUUGUUUUCCUGUAGUUAUUAUGGAUAAGAUUUUGUGAAAUUCAAUUUUGUUUCCAUGUA